AUGCUCCACCUGUUUCUCACCUCAAAACUGCAGGGUUCCGUGUAUAAACGAAUCAAUCCUGCCACAGAAAUACCUAAAUCUGUCAACCAGCGAAACUUCUGGCAACAACAACAACAAUCUGGUCCGAACGUAACGGCUCCUCCGAAAGCAAAAAAACCAUUGGGUUGGGUGAAACCUGUAUGCACCGCGGUCGAUAACGGGGAUUCGAUCCAAGCUCGGUCACGAGCUCUGAAGGAAGCGCGACAGGCCGAAGUGGCAUCCGUGAUUCAAAGUCGACUGAAAUCACGUGCGUCGUUUGAACAGACAAACGGUGAUUCAUCUAGCUCCUACAAGAAAAUCGACCCUCGUGCCGACAUUAUGCUGGCCCGUCAGUUGUCCAAAACUUCCUGUGAUGAUGAACAAAACGAACCAGUUGUCACAUCUCAGAUAAAGAGGCAAAUCGAUGGUGUCGCUAUGGGCAGCCCGCUAGGCCCGGUCCUGGCAGAAUUGUUCAUGGCACAUCUGGAAGAAAAAGGAACUACUAUUCUCUGGCGCGUUAUCCUGUACAAAAGAUACGUCGACGACACUGUGGUUAUAACAGAAAUCUUAGAAGAACCUAUGAUAAUUAUGGAUGAAGUCAACAGACUACAUCCAAAUAUACACUUCACAAUGGAAUCUGAAUCGAACAACAAACUCAAUUUCCUUGACAUUACAACCAGAAGGGAAGAUGGAGCUCAAUCCGUUUAUCGAAAGGAAACCUGGGCAGGCCAGUAUUUACACUUCGAGAACUUUAUGCCCCUGGAGUAUAAACGUGGUCUUGUUCGGACCUUAUUUGACAGAACGAGGCUAAUCCGCAAGGAAGACAGAAUUGAACAGGAACUGCAAAACCUCCGGGAGUUUUUAGCAAAAAACGCUUACCCCGAAGCGUUUGUUACUAAGCCUAGUAAACCGAGAAUUGCGAAGAAACCGAUUGCGUCAGCUCCCGAAUUCCGGGUCACGUUGUACCUUCAAUUCAAAGGUGAGCCGCGUGCAUUACAAACAACUGAGGGUACCACAUGGCAACGGCUCGAUGCGAAAGCAGAGAUUAUGGCAGCCAAACGCGCUCCAAUCAAAGGCUGGCAGCCGGAUCCAUCUAUCAAAGUGGGAACAAACUAUGAACGUCCGGAUUUUCAGUCGGAAAUUCGUGCUGCCCGUGCCAAUCGAACGAAUCAUACCGGACCGGUUGAAACAUCCUCGAACCAUGUUAGUCCUAACGUGCUCUCAGAUGACUGA